CAUUUAAAAUAACCUCAUCAUUUUAUCAAUACUUUUACCCGUCCAUGGGAUUGUUCUACAGCAAAAUUUCUCGUUCUGCGAAAAUGGCAAGUUCACCGGAAAUUCAAAAGUUUAUCAAAGAUGCAGUUUCACAAGAAAAAGUUGUGGUUUUCUCCAAAUCGUAUUGUCCGUACUGCCAUAUGGCUAAAGAGGUGUUCCAGAAAGUGAAGCAACCAAUAAAAGUGUAUGAACUGGACCAGCUUGAUGAUGGGUCAGCUAUACAAGAUCAACUUGUUUCUGUCACAGGAUUUAGAACUGUCCCACAAGUGUUCAUCAAUGGUAACUGUAUCGGAGGCGGAACGGACGUGAAAGCUCUGUACGAUUCUGGAAAACUAGGAUCCAUGCUCAUCGGAUAAUUCAACCUGGAAAAUUUUCGAACAAAUGAUAUGUUAACCAGAACAUCAAAAAUAUUUCUUUCAACAUAUCCUUAUUUGUUUUUAGAAAAGACUGUCCACAUUGUGACAUAACCUCAGUUCAAAAUCAAUUGAUCUCCACUUUCUCUAUAUGUAAAAGUUUUUAAAAACUUUAUGUGAGUUUAUAAUAUUCUGGUUUUCCUAAAUCUUAAAUUACGAAACUUAAUAUAUUUUUAUUUUAUAUUUAUUCGAUCCAAAAUAAAUGCUUAAGUUUUUAUUAUACAGUACUUAAAAAAAGGAUAAUCACUAUUCAAAGUGAGUUUGUUGACUUCCUGUUUGACGUUUCUGUGGUUUACUCAAAACCAUAAAUUUAUCUACCGUACGUGGCAGUGUUUUGAAUAGACAAUAAGUGUAAUUUUGUUACAUAGUGUAAUAUGUUACAAUAUACUCAAAAGUACAACUUACAAAAUGUUCGACGUUAUUAUUAUUAUUAUUCGGAUAGCCUACUCCAGGGUCUAUGUGACCCUAUAUUAUUGCGUUACUUAGUAAAUAAAUGCAUGUAUUGGUUGAUCAGACACUUUGAGAAAAUACGAUUUAUAUUCCAUAUUAUGUCGCGUAGUCGGAUAAAACUCUGUGGAUCUUAGAUGGCCUAAAGCCUUGUGUAAAGAAACAACGAUUCAAGGAUUAAUGUGUCUAUACUGGUAACUUAAAAAACACAUUGCGUAUUUUUUUAGUUAAAAGGUUCAAAACUGAGAUCUCGAUAUUUUAAUAUAUGUAAACUCAAUGGUGAGAUGAAGUAGCCAACAAUUUUCAGAAAAUAUUUUUUGUUCCAUAGAAGAAUGAAUGAAUCUAUUACUAUUAUUUAAUAAUAUCUUUCAAUGUACUACUUCUUUUAAAAAUCGAUCGAGUUUCUGGUCAAAGUGAGUGAAAUGUAAUUUCAGUUCAUG